AUGCAUGUCUUAAAAAUGUGGCUUUACGCUUUUCUGUUAGUUAAUUUAUAUCAGCAGGUAGUCGAAACAACGGGUACCCGUGAAGUUGAUAUCCUUGAACAAAAAGUUAAGACCAUUGUAUCACUUCUGGAUCAAUCUAAGUUGCUUCCCUUGGACUUCGAGAAAUAUAAUGAGUUUUUGCUCAAGGCCCCUCGGAACUAUUCGACUAUUUUAAUGCUGACCGCAUUAAGUCACAGACAUAAUUGCCAUCACUGUCAGCUUGCCGCGGAUGAGUUCGCCAUUCUUUCUCGCUCCUAUUCCCUCUCCAAAACGAAUAAGAAUGAACUAUUCUUCGCAGUCGCUGACUAUGAUGGCGACUCGGAGAUUUUCACAUCUUUGAACCAAAAUACAGUACCGGUGUUUAUCCACUUUCCUCCUACCACUUCGCCAAAAAAGGAGGAUGUUUAUGAUAUCACACAAAAUGGAUUAAGUGCCGAAGUUUUGGCUCGGUGGGUAUUUUUGAGGACCGGUAUUCAUUUUGACGUUGAACGUCCUCCUAGUUACUCAGGCCUUUUUCUUCUGGCUAUAUUGGCCAGUGUAGGUGGAAUAAUUUUCUACCUUCGCUUUGAAAAUAUUGGGCAAUUCUUUAACCGCUCCACAAUUUCGUAUACCUGCAUGAUUCUCAUUUUUUACAUGAUCUCCGGUCAAGUGUGGAACAGCAUUAGGCGGCCACCUGCAUUUCAUUCCUCUGCUGAAGAGGGCCUCGUUCUUUUUUAUCCUAAUAAUAAUUCACAAUUCGUUUCAGAAACCCUUAUUAUCAUGACUACAUACGCUCUUGUUUCCUUGAGUUUUGUGAUUCUGACUGACGUUAACCAGACACCGGAUUCGAAUAAAAGACGAGCAAUGGCGGUACUGGGAGUUGCAAUGUUUGUCGUAUUUACAAGCCUAUGUCUGUCCCUAUUCCGUAAGAAGAACCAGAGUUAUCCAUACAGCUUUCUUUUGAAAUAG